AUGGAGCAUAUCGAUGACACACAGUUCAAUGGGAUAGACCCUGGCGCCUCUCCUUUCGAAAGCGUCGAUAGCAACACGACUCCAGAUACCGAAUUCUCUCCUCCCGAUAGUCCGAUUCGGAAAACUGCCAUCCUUAAAGAUUGCCGAUCACAGGCGAGAGAGAAAUUAGCUCAGCUAACUCUCGAAGAAAAGGUCUCCUUACUCACGGCUGCGGAUUUCUGGAGAACGAAGGGAAUCCCCUCUAAGGGCAUCCCGGCUGUUAAAACGAGCGAUGGCCCUAAUGGAGCUCGAGGCGGCAUUUUUGUCGGAGGUACCAAGGCAGCUUUAUUCCCAUGUGGUAUCUCGUUGGCAGCGACCUGGAACAAGGAUCUCUUAUACACAGUUGGGCAACACUUAGCCGACGAGGUCAGGGCCAGAUCCGCCCAUGUACUCCUCGCUCCUACAGUUUGCCUGCAUCGCCACCCUCUUGGAGGUCGAAACUUCGAGUCAUUCUCGGAAGACCCACUCCUUACUGGCAAACUCGCCUCGAAGUACAUCCAAGGCCUUCAGUCUAAAGGAGUUGCUGCGACCAUCAAGCAUUUUGUGGCAAAUGAGCAGGAAACAAAUCGGCUUACCGUCGAUUCGGUGACGAUGGAACGACCCCUGAGAGAAUUAUAUCUCCGCCCAUUCGAGAUCGCUAUACGAGAGGCCAAUCCAUGGGCAGUGAUGUCAUCAUAUAACUUGGUCAAUGGGAUACACGCCGAUAUGAACAUCCACACACUUAAAGACAUCCUUCGAGGGGAAUGGGGAUACGAUGGCACCGUCAUGUCGGAUUGGGGCGGCGUCAACUCAACUGUCGAGUCCAUAAAAGCGGGAUGUGACAUAGAGUUUCCUUUCUCAUCCAAGUGGCGCUUUGAAAAGGCGUUGAAGGCUGUCGAGAAAGGGAAACUUACGAAGGGUGAUAUAGACAGCGCAGCAGAGAAUGUCCUGACUCUCGUAGAACGCACAAAGGGAGACGACAUGUCGGCCGAAGAGGCCGAACGUGAGGAUAACCGGGAGGAAACAAGAGCUUUGAUCCGAAAGCUAGGAGCUGAGGGCCUAACUCUAUUGAAGAAUACCGGUCGGAUCCUGCCGCUCGACCCUAAGACCACCAAAAUUGCCGUUAUUGGUCCGAACGCCAACCGAGCCAUCGCGGGCGGUGGUGGAAGCGCCAGUCUCAAUCCAUACUACAAUACAAUCCCACUCGAUAGUAUCAGAGCAACCGCGCAAAAGGAAGUCGUAUAUGCCCAAGGAUGCCAUAUUCAUAAAUGGCUUCCAGUCGCGUCGCCCUCCUGCACUGAUAAGUCGGGUGAGCAGGGUGUUACUCUCGAAUGGUUCAGCGGGGACAAGUUCCAAGGUGAUGUCGUUGUCACACAGAGAAGAACUAAUACCGACCUUUUCUUGUGGGACUCUGCACCAUUAGCUGAACUUGGCCCGGAAUGGUCUGCUGUUGCAACGACUUAUGUAACGCCGACGGCCACCGGAAAGCAUACGAUCAGCUUCAUGAGCGUCGGUCCCGGGAAGCUAUAUGUAGAUGGAAAGUUGGCCCUUGAUCUUUGGGAUUGGACUGAAGAGGGUGAAGCGAUGUUUGACGGCUCAAUCGACUACAUGGUCGACGUGGAAAUGCAAGCUGGGAGGCCAGUUGAACUAAAGGUAGAGAUGACCAACGAACUUCGACCGAUUACGAAGCAGAAGAUUUUCAAUAUGACGCACAAAUAUGGCGGCUGUCGCAUUGGUUUUAAGGAGGAGGAUCAGGUCGACUACCUCAAAGAAGCCAUUGAUGCAGCAAGAGACGCUGACGUUGCCGUCGUUAUAGUUGGACUAGAUGCCGAAUGGGAAUCUGAGGGUUACGACAGAAAGACGAUGGAUCUUCCUUCCGACGGAAGCCAGGAUCGACUAAUCGAAACCAUCGUGAAGGCUAAUCCUAGAACAGUGGUUGUCAACCAAUCCGGGUCACCAGUGACUAUGCCUUGGGCAGACAAAGUUCCGGCCAUUAUUCAAGCCUGGUACCAAGGCCAAGAAGCCGGCAACGCAUUGGCGGACGUCUUGUUUGGUAUACAAAAUCCGAGCGGUAAACUGCCGACAACCUUCCCACGACGGCUUGAGGACACCCCAGCAUACCAUAACUGGCCCGGCGAGAAUUUGCGUGUCCUAUACGGCGAAGGCUUGCAUAUCGGGUAUAGACAUUAUGAUCGCGCAGGCAUCGAACCCCUUUUCUCAUUCGGUCAUGGCCUCUCGUACACAACCUUCGAGUACGGCCGACCGUCACUUAGCCGGAGGACGCUGACAGAGUCGGCACCAAUUCAUCUGAUCAUGGCGGUCACCAACACCGGCAACGUUGCUGGCUCAGAGACUAUCCAGAUAUACGUCAGAGAUGACAAAUCGAGACUACCGCGGCCCGAAAAAGAGUUGGUAGCAUUCGAGAAGGUGUCGUUGGACCCGGAAGAAACCAAACACAUCAUCGUUGCAUUAGAUAAGUAUGCGGUAGGAUACUACGAUGACUCGGUACCGGCGUGGAUCGCAGAGGAGGGCACAUUCAAAGUCCUGAUAGGGGCGUCGGCGACUGAUAUCAGGUGA